AUAAAAAAUCCAAUGGAUUUAUUUACUAUAAAUUUAAAAUUAAAAAAUAAUCAAUACACAAGUUUAGAAGAAUUUGAAAAGGAUAUUCGUUUAAUAUUUUGUAAUUGUUAUACAUAUAAUGAUGAUGAAAGUGAAGUAUAUAGUUCAGGUAAAGCAUUAGAAUGUAUUUUUAAUAAAAAAUGGAAUGAA